AUGAACCUUCCUUCUUACAAUUCGAGAGAAACAGUGGAGUGCGGCUUUGUGGCGAUGGGCUUAUGCGGCGACGACUACUGUACUGGAUUUGGCUACCCGUUCAAGUUUUUCAACUAUCACCGGUAUAACCCUGUCACUACGACGUUUGGGCCCGACGAACCCAUAGAGAUAGUUGACGAAUCCUACGAGUCAGUCACACUCUCAACACAAACGACUACCACGACAGGUACAUCGGCAACUGCCUCUUCUACAUUCCCCCCGGCCACAACGUCCACUGGCCCAGCGACAGGGUUUGAAACCGGAACAGCAGAGAGUUCAGACGCGAAGAAGAACGGAGGAGGCCUAAGUGACGGCGUAAUAGCCGGUAUCGGCGCCGGUGGCGCCACUUGGGUCAUCAUCAUUGCUGUCCUGUCGUUGCUGUUCCAGAGGCAUAGGAAGAGUCAAUCAACGGGGACCGCGGCGGUUGCUUCCGAUCCUUCUACCGAUAAAAACGCUUUCGAAAAAGGAGGUGGAGAGGGAGGAGUGGGAGAGCAAGAGAAAGGAUCGAUGACGUUCUUCAAAGCGGAGCUGGAAGACAACCCCAAGACGUAUGGGAACGAACUCGAAGGUACCUGUAUAGAAGCGGAGAAGAAAGAGAAGCCGCAAGUGUCAGACCUGGGGGCAGCGGAAGGACGGAAUGAGGUUGAUGGAGGGAAAUGUCAGGAAAGGUUUGAACUGGCUUGA